GGGGGCUCCCCAGGUUUGAAACAAAGACCUGGUGGGCAGCUCCCCUGAGCCCAGUCCAGCUCUGUGGUGGUGUAGUCCGAGUGAGGACACAGGCAGGAUGGCUGGUGCUGAGAGUUGCCAUCUGUGACCUGGACCUCCAGCUGCAGCUCAGUCUCAAAGAUGAAGUGGCCCAGGUGAAACAAGGCCAGGCGCCAUGGCCAGCUCAGGGACAGAGGCGCACUGGGCUGAGCCAGUCCUGGGGCAAGGGUCCCACAGACGGCGGCGCUGGGCUUGGGCCGAGGAGCAGGAUGCGGAUGGAAGCGGUGACCAGGGCUGGGGACACAAAGCCACCAGCCCGGAGCUCCUGGAGGACUUCCAGCAGGCACAGGAGCAACCGCCACCCCGGGAGUGGCACCCAGACACGCAAGACUCUGAAGAGCCUUCUGGAGAAGAGACCGAAACUGAUGGUGUGAGCAUCCCGGAGGGUUCCACCAUGCCUCUGCCCUGGCUCUCCACAAACAAUCAACAGUUGGACCUGUCCGAAGAGGAGCUGGAUGAGUUCCCUGGGAGCUCUGGGGUAGAGUUAGCUGGAGAGAGUUGCAUAGAGCUGGAAUGUGAAGACCAAGAAGAUUCCAACCCUGCAGCUCCAAAACAGGGACCAGCCAGAGACUGGGUGACCACUAUCAGGCAAGGCAGUUCAUACAGACCCUUAGAGCAUCCUGAAGCCCAUCCAUCUGUUGAACACAGCCAUACAAAGUCUUGGAGCAGUGGGACCACAAGCCACAAUCAGCGUAGUGACAGCCUUGAUUCUAUCUGGGAAGGAGAUACUGAUGUCCUCCAGCCUGUCACCUUGGCUAAAGCCCUGCCACAGAGUCCACACCACAAUCUCCCAUGGACAGAUGACAGAAAUGGAGGUGACGUUGCUCCGGCAACACCCACAGAAUUCCGGGACUCCUUAGCAGCACCAGCCCAGAAUUCUCAGCGCUCUGCAGGCACAUGGGGGCAAGAAACCACCAGCCUGCCCAGCUCUCGGCCUGAGGACCAAGGCUGGAAAAGAACUAAGACAUCACCUAAGCCACUGCCCUCACGGUUUACUGGCUCUAUCAGCCCCAUAAGCACUCGGCUUAGAGCAGUAAAGCAAGUGUCACAGCACAAUCAGGGAGCCAGUCUGGCUGGCCACUCUUCAGAUGCCACCAAGUAUGGCCGGGGGCGCCUGAACUACCCACUCCCUGACUUCUCCAAGGUGGAGCCCAGGGUGAGGUUUCCCAAAGAUGAGAAAUACCGACCCCCCAAGUCCAGAGGCCACAAUAAGCAACAAGGCCCUACCAAACCCCUAAUCUUCAAGUCGCCAGCUGAGAUUGUUCGGGAUAUACUGCUGAGUAACAGUGAGACAUGUCUAGCCGAGGACCCUUCUGCCCACUCCAUCGCCAGAGUGCCCCAGGAGUUCCAGACGCCCGAACAAGCCACUGAGCUGGUUCAUCAGCUCCAGGAGGACUAUCACAAACUCCUCACCAAGUAUGCGGAGGCUGAGAACACUAUUGACCAGCUUCGCCUUGGGGCCAAGGUGCACCUGUAUUCAGACUUGCCCCAGCCCAUUCAGAGCAUCCACUCUGCGUCAAUGCCACAAGGAAGCAAGGUCUUGUCCUUCUCUAUCCCGCAACCCAGAUCCGCAGAGUGGUGGCCUGGCCCUGCGCAGGACUCACAGGCCUCUGAGGUCAGAGGGUGGUCGUCCCCACGAGCAGACCUGAGUCCCUCCUCGUCCCCCAGCAUGGCUACUCCAGGGCGACUUCCUCAGAGCCAGGACAUUGCCACGGAUCAGCCCUCCAAGGGACAGACCCAGGCACUGACCUCUCAGGCCAGCCAGCUCCUGGCCAAGGUGGAGUCCUUCAAGGAACUGGUACUGGCAGGACACCUCCCACCACAGGACCGAAUCAAGAGCUUAGAGCAACUGAGAGCUGCCCAUGUGGCUCUGGAGGCAGAGUACCUGCAGGCCUGCAGCAAACAGCACCUGAACCCACAGUCUGAUGCCUCCAAGGGGAGUCCCAGGACCCUCCACCUCUGCAGGGAGCUAGAGGCAGAGAUCUACCACCUGGGGCUGUGCCUGGAAGAGCUGCAGGACCACAUGGGUCAGACCCAUAGAGAUCCAGAACCAUGCAGGACAGACCUGCAGGACAGCACCCCAGACAUGCCCUUUCUGCCCACUCAUCUGUCCAUGCCUUCAGGACCGGUCUCUUCACCCGCUGUCCAAACCUACCAUGAGCCUGAUGCCAUCACCACUUCCCCUGGAAGAUCUUUCAUCCUCCCCAUGAGCAAAGAGGUGGGCCUGGGGAGCAUCAGGAUAGAGGAAAUCCAGAGAGAUCUCCCGGCCCCACUUGGGGACAAGGAGCUUCAGGUGGAGCAGGACUUCCAUGGCCUUCUGGAGCGAUACCUCAGCACCAAGUCUCUCCCUGAAGCCCUGAGGGUGGAAGAUGAAGAGGACCUUGGGGAGGAGGAGGAGCGGGAUCAUCAUGGCACCUUGGACGUUGAUGGUCCAGCCUCAGCUCUGGGGAAAACAGAUGCCGUGAGGGUACCACCAGGACAGUGCUCAGCUCAGGCUAAGAAAAGCCACAGGGCUGCUCUCCAGGAAGAUGAGGAAUGGGUGGUUUCCAUGAAGCCACCAAGCUUCCGGACAUCCACGGCCAGAGAGAGGAACACAGCAGGCCUGGAUACAGCUGAAGUGGCUCAACGGGGCACCAGGCCCAUGGCUUCACAUCAGAGCAGUCUGACUAGCCUGGAAGAGAGUGGGCCCUCAGGGCUCCUUCCUCGCAAAGCUCUGCUUCAGGCUGGCGGCUCCCAUGCUGAGGAGCCCUGGAUGCUCUCACCAGAGAUAGACAGUGGCUUCGUGGGCUCCGAAACCAGCCUAGUGUCACCCUUCACCCAGACCCCAGAGCACCGGCUUUCCCAUGUCAGCACUCUAGGGACAUCAGCCCAGCACAUCACUGCUUCUGUGCUGGGUGAUAGAACCUCCCAUGCCAAGGCCAGGGUCUCUGUGGUUCCCAGAAGAGCUGCUGAGGCUGCCACACCCAGAAGCCGAACCCAGCGGCGUCCAUCCAGCCCAAACAGCUCUCUCCAACAAGGAGCACAGAGCUCCCACCUGGAGCAGGCACCAGUGGCUAAGAUGGUGGUUACCAGGUCUGAGCUCAAAAGACAGAAGCAGAUUUCCAAACAUCUUCCUAGUGGAACAACCAGCCCAGGCCCUGCUCCAGUCCCCACAGCUGCCUCCAUGCCCCAUGGAUCAGUAGAGAGCACUGCCAACCUCCUCCUCAACAGGACAGAGCGCGACCAGGCCAUCAAGGAUCUACAGGCAGAGGUAUCAUGGCUCCGCCUAAGACUCGAGGACAGCCUGCACCGGCCACACCCAAGAAGCCCAACUCCUGUAGUUUCUGCUUUCAACCCCUCCAUCCAGACCCAGAAAAAGCUGGAGGAUUCCUCACCCUCCUGGGGCUCCCGCUAUAGCAGUAAAUCCAUAGAGCAGCUGUGUGUGGAGCCUAACGGUGUCGAACCAGCUGGUCCAACAGGAAUACGGCAAGCCAGGUCCUCCUCGGUGCCUCGGGAUGCUCCCAGACUAUUGAUAAGUUCCGAAUCUGAAUCGCUUUCCCCUUGGCUGCCAUCUGAUAAGAACAGGACCUUUGAGGAGCAUCCCCAGGUGGCACAGGAGGGGGUGAAUCGAAGGGGAAGAGUCUCCUUCCGGGGUCAGUACACAGGCCAGGAGUACCACAUUCUGUCCCCCAGGGCCAUCCUGAAGGACAGUGGCACAGCCUCCUGUCCCCGCUGCCAGCCCGCUAGGACCCGGGACCCAGACAGUCCUGUCUCUAGAGAGCCGCUGGGAGCCGCCGCUGCUGACACCCUCCGCUGUCCUCUGUGUGGCGAAGUCAAGCCCACUGCAGAGGCAGAUGGCCCCAGCCCAGGCCCCUCUGAGAAGAACACCCCAAGGAAAGCCACAAGCACCUCCCCCAGCCCCAAGCGGAAGAACCGGCAGAUGAACUCGCCAGUUCGAGUGCCUCCUGGACUCUGGUACCUGGCUGCUGCACCCCCAGCCAUGGCCUACGUCUCCCUGGCUCCCGUCUUGCCUUACCCCCCACCCACUGUGUGA